CAUCUCUUGAUGAUACUAAUUCUAUAUAAAAAGGACUGAGGAGCUGCAAAGAAAAUCAUAACAUCUUUGCCUACCUGAGAGAACAGAACAUCAACAAGGUUUUUCAAGUCCACUUCUACUAGCAUCAUGUGGAAAGCUGCCGCUCUGGCUGUUGGUCUGUUAAUUGCACUGGUUGGCCCUUCCCAAGCCACAGAGGGGCACCCAAUCUACGGAGUGAAACUGUGUGGUCGGGAGUUCAUCAGGGCAGUCAUCUUCACCUGUGGAGGCUCACGUUGGAAGCGAUCUUUGGGCAUGCCAGGUGAGCUGGAAAACGAGCCUCUCUCCUCUCAUGACACUGAAAGCACAGACAGAUGGAUCUCUGACCCAGCCACUGGAGCUUACAAACAGCACUUAGAGGCCGAGGCUCCGGCUUGGCCUGGCCAGAGUGAGGAUGGAGGGGUGUUCAAUCGCCAGGCACGCUCCCUCAUCUCAGAAGAGGUGCUGGAAGCUCUGCGCACUUCAGAUAGGAAAGGGCGGGACGUUGUAGUAGGGCUGUCCAAUGCUUGUUGCAAAUGGGGAUGCAGCAAGAGUGAGAUCAGCUCACUCUGUUGAUGACAUUCUUCCAGCCCUUUCUCACCAUUUCCUUUUCUUUUGUCUCACAAAAAUAGCCCAAUGAAGUAUUGUAGACUGUUACAAGAUCAGAAGCCUGUGUUAUCUCAGAAAUGUCACCAACUUCUCUGAACCUUCUGUGAAAUUCUACAAUGAAUAUGCUAAUAAUCUGUAUUGUAUUACACUUGUCUCUAACUUAUUAAUAAAGACUUAAUUUAUGUUGACAUAA